GCGUGGUUGUGUGGGGCACGUGGUGCGGCGCCGACCAAUUGGAAGGCAGUACGGCUGGCUGUUUGAGGUGCUGGUACGAGGACCCCCUCAGAUCGGCUCCGUCAUGCCAGUUCCUUGCAGCAGCUGUGACAAGAAGCCAGCAGCCCUCAGGCGGCCCAAAACAGGCCACUCCCUUUGUAAAGAGUGCUUUUUCUGGGCCUUUGAAGAGGAGGUUCAUCAGACAAUUAUAUCUGCUGAGCUGUUCCAGAAGGGGGAGACUGUUGGGAUUGGUGCUUCUGGUGGGAAAGACUCAACCGUUCUGGCUCAUGUUCUAAAGGUCUUAAAUGAGCGCUAUAAUUAUGGGUUAAAUCUGAUGCUGCUCUCCGUGGAUGAAGGAAUUAGUGGUUAUCGUGAUGACUCUUUAGAGACAGUAAAGAGAAACCAGCAACAGUAUGAUCUGCCUCUUAAAAUUGUUUCCUAUGAAGAGCUGUAUGGUUGGACAAUGGAUCAGAUCGUAAAGAAAGUUGGUUUGAAAAAUAACUGCACAUUCUGUGGAGUCUUCAGACGGCAAGCUCUUGACCGAGGGGCUAUGAUGCUGAAAGUAGACAAGGUUUGCACAGGUCACAACGCUGAUGAUGUUGCUGAGACUGUACUGAUGAACUUUCUACGUGGAGACAUUGCUCGACUUCGCCGCUGCACUUCAAUUACCACAGGUAGUGAGGGAGCCAUCCCACGCUGUAAGCCACUGAAAUAUGCCUAUGAGAAAGAGAUAGUAUUGUAUGCUUACUUCAAGAAACUGGACUACUUUUCAACAGAAUGUGUGUAUUCCCCUAACGCGUACAGGGGCUAUGCUCGUGCUUUCUUGAAAGAUUUGGAAUCUAUCCGGACCAGUGCCAUCAUGGAUGUGAUUCACUCUGGUGAAAACCUGUCUGUAAAGGAGGAUGUGAAAAUGCCCACCCAAGGAACAUGUACCCGCUGUGGUUAUAUUUCCAGUCAGCAGCUCUGCAAGGCAUGUGCUCUGCUAGAGGGACUAAAUCGCGGGCUCCCUAAACUUGGUAUUGGCAAACAAUACAAAUUGCAUAACCGACUGCUGAAAAAGGAGCCGCUUACUGAGGAAGAGAAGAAACCUGGAACUGUAACUCUAAGUGCACACGUUCAUUUUUAAACUCUGCAGACUGUUUGGCUGAGGCUGGUCUUAGUGUUAACUAGUCCAUUCCCAGUGGGUUUGCAACAUGGAUACUGGACCUAACUUCCAUCAUAAUGUGCACUGCUAGAACCACCAAAGUUUUAACCACCAAAUAUUUCCUCUGUCUAAUGUGCUAAUGUCAGCCAUGCUUUGAAUGUAAUAAAUUAAACUUGUAACUUUUUUUAAAAAUUGAACAUUGAAGUUUUAAAAAUUAAAUAUUUAAAAAUAUUUGGAGGGCUAUGAAACCUAAUGCUAAAAAGACGCGACCAUCUAGUCUCUCAUAAACUUAGCUGAAACUGCUGACCAUUACUAAUUCUUUUUGGAGGUCACAGAAAUUCUGAAGAGGAGUAUUUGAUGAAAGUCGUGUGCAAUAGCUGAUCAGCAAAAUGUAACAUACAAUUUUGCACCCACAGGAUAAAGAAAUUACUUUUAAGUGUGACUUUUAUGCAAGGUUUUAUGAUUGUUGAGAAAAAUAGCUUGCACCCAGACUGAUGAGAUGAAAAUCUCCCCUUCUAGUUGGAAGCGUCUGCUAUGUGAAAGAAAUUUAAAUAGUCCUAACUGUGUCCAUGUAUAUGCCUUGAGUACAAACCUCUACUGAUUUGAAUCUCAAGCAGCUUAACAUUUGGAAAUUUCUGGUAGGAGGUGAAAAACCUUCAAAAAUGCAUUGGAGAUGUUGGGGAGAAAAGGAUGGAAAAAUUAGAGUACAUUUUUAGCACAGUAAGGGAGUAUCACUCUGUGUUGUACCUGAGGCAAUCUUGGGAUGUUCAGUGCAAACAUUUCUUGAUUCUUUAAACAAAAAUGGCCAAUGGUUCCUCGUGCUAGCACUGAUCUUUGUGUUGAUGUGGGAUAUCUUAUACUCAGAGGAUCCAAAUCGUGGAUCGAUUUGGUUUCGGAAGUGGGUAAAUUAAAAUCAGAGUACAUCCAGACCAACUUGACAUGUGGCCUAUUUGUUACCUAGGGCAGCUUGACUGGCCAUUAUCCCAGCUACAGAGUGCAUGUAACUUAAAACACAGAAUCACAGAAGUAUUAAGUACUGCAUAUUUUAGCCUUUUAGAUUCUACAUUCGUUCCAGAAUCCUACUUGUUCACACCCCUUUUACUAGAUGUCAGGUCAUAGAAAAAUCAUAGUUGCUGCCAGAGAGGUGUUUGAUCUCUGACCGAAACGUUCAUCAGUCCCUGCUCACAGUUGGGUAAAUUGAAUUCAUGACCAUAAUCUAUUUUUAGGUGAUUGUGAACAGAUCUUUUACCAAAUUAGAAAUUUUUGUCUCAUUAGAAAUAACUGCUUUUAAUAUUUAACUGAGUUACAGGAAAAUGGGUGGAAGGGUUUAUAAUAUUGGAGGAGUGAUUCAAAAUGAUAUUUCCAUGAAACACUACCCUGGACCCACACUAUCUGUAUUUAACGUAGCUGGAGAUGAUAAAAAAAUCAUUCCGUACAGUUUUAUAUCUGUUGUCACGAGCUUCUGGAUUUGUUUUAAUAAACAACUAUGAUUAUUGA